UCUCUCUUCUCUUGACAAAAACAAAUGCUCUUUUUUCUAAUCUCAUAAUUUAUUAUAACAAUACUAUGGGCAAAGCAUCCAAAUGGUUCAAAGCACUUCUUGGCUUCAAGAAAAAUGACUCUUCUUCUUCUACUUCUUCCACUAAUAAGAAGAAGUGGAGUGAUGUUAAAUCCUACAAAGAUAAAGAUUUUCAACACCACCACCAACACCAUGACAAAUCACACUACGUGAAUAGUCGUGCUGGAGUGGACCCCACAAUAUGUGAAGUCCACUCCAGUUUGACGACUAGUAGUGUGAUUCGUACAACAACGUCCGUGACGCCGUGGAGUGGUGAGGAGUGGGCUGCCGUUGUUAUACAAUCACAUUUCCGAGCUUAUUUGUCAAGGAGAGCUUUACGCGCAUUGAAGGGACUUGUGAAGCUUCAAGCCCUAGUAAGAGGACACAUUGUAAGGAAACAAACCGCGGAUAUGCUAAGGCGUAUGCAAGCGUUGAUAAGGGCUCAAUCAAGAGCUCGUUUAGGACGAUCUAUGAUUUUUGAAUCACCUCCUUUUAGCGCGAAGUCUACUCAAUUUAUUCAUCAUGGUCCUACAACUCCUGAUAAAUUCGAGCAAAUUAUUCGUGCAAGGAGCAUGAAAAAUGAUCAAAUGUUUAUGCUCAAGAGGAAUUCUUCAAACCAUAUAGGCAAUGCCAAUGCCAAACAGAGGAAUUUAUUUCAUUCUUCAGAAUUUAGCUUAAAUUCAGAGCAAUUCUGUUUUAGCUAUGAUGAAACAUGUUACUCCUCUAUUGAUAAUAGCCCACAACUUCACUCAACAGCAUCAUCGAAAUGUACUCGUUCGAGGACAGGACCAUUUACGCCAACAAAGAGUAGUACACGAAGCUACACGAGUGAUGAAUACUCGAAUAAUCAUCCAAAUUACAUGUCUUACACCGAGGCAGCUAAGGCAAAAACGCGAUCUAUGAGUGCACCAAGACUAAGGUCUCAGUAUGAUAAGAGUAACUCAAGAAGUAACAUGCAAAAGGGUUCUAAUUGUUAUGCCAAUUUCACUAGCAAAGGUGUUUGUUCGGGUUCUAAUAGACUAGAUAAGAUUGGAGUGCCUGUUAGUGGCGAUCUGGAUGAAUUUGGACGCGGUUUUUGUCACAUAUAUUGAGAUGAUUCAAGUUCUAAGUUAUGUCCUGAACGCUUGAACCUGCAUUUUUCGUUUGUAUUAGAAAUAUAAUUACUAAACUUAUGUGAAUCAUUUUGUAUUUGGUUCCAAUUUAACUUUAAAAGAUGUAAUCUCUUAGUUAACUACAUCAUGUUCUAUUUACUUUUA